AUGCUAGGACCGAGUCUUACUAUCCUCCACCAACUCCAAGAGUCCAAUCCGACUCUAACCAAGAUGCUAGGACCAAGUCUUACUAUCCUCCACCAACUCCAAGAGUUCAGCCGGACUCUAACCAAGAUGCUAGGAUCGAGUCUUACUAUCCUCCACCAACUCCAAGAGUCCAGUCCGACUCUAACCAAAAUACUAGGACUGAGUCUUACUAUCCUCCACCAACUCCAAGAGUCCAGUCCGACUCUAACACAUAUGUUAGGACCGAGUCACGCUUCUAAGACUAUGUAUAAUAAUACAUGA